UUUCAGGUGACUCUGAGAAAUAGUGAGUCGGCAGGUCAAGCGACUUUCCAUCGUGUGAAGAAAAUUCAAGUGAGGUCAAAGGAAAAGUUUUGACUCAGACUGAGGCAUGAUGAUUUCGACAAAACUAUUUCUGUGUUUAUCACUUUUCUUCCUCUUUCUGCCACUAGUUACGCCAAUAAGAGUGUCCACAAGCUAUGGAGAGAUCGAAGGUUUCGAGGAAUCGUACCCCAAUUCUUCUUUCACUUACAAGUCAGUCAGCAAAUUCCUUGGCAUUCCAUUCGCCGCUCCACCAGUUGGCGACCUUAGAAUGAAACCACCAGUAGAGCCAGCUUCGUGGAAAGAGGUUCAAAAAAACAAACAGCAAGGCAAUAUUUGCAUGCAAAAGAAGAUCUUUGAAUCUUUUGUGCGGAUGUUUACUCAAAAUUUUACGUACAGCGAAGAUUGCUUAUAUCUCGAUGUCUACACCCCAAACGUGAGCCAGCACCUACCCGUAAUGGUUUACAUUCAUGGAGGAGCUUAUGAGUUUGGUACUUCAGUCACGUAUCCUAGCGAUUACUUGGCUCUUCAAGGUGUGGUAGUUGUUGUUAUCCAAAAAAAACUUGGCGCGUUUGGCUUCUUGACGACCGGGGAUACCGCUGCCCCUGGGAAUUAUGGAAUGUUGGAUCAAGUGGCAGCACUCCAGUGGGUCAAAGGAAACAUAAAACAUUUUGGAGGGGAUCCCGGCAAGGUGACCAUUUUUGGAUUGAGCGCUGGUGGAUCAAGUGUGAGCCUCCAUCUAUUGUCUCCACUUUCCCAAGGCCUCUUCCAUCGAGCCAUUGCAGAGAGCGGAGUGGAUUUGAGUCCUUUUGCAGUUCAGCCGACUUCCUUAGGUCUCCGCUAUGCUAGUGAGCUUGCUAAGAAACUGGGCUGUCCAUCAGGCGACCACAGCGAAAUGAUGGCGUGCAUUCGUCAGAAACAAGCAAAGGAGAUACAAAGCGCUUCUGAGUCAAUACCGUAUGCUUACUCCGAAAACCUGGCCUGGGCACCAGUUGUGGAUAAAAACUUUCUUCUUGACACCCCCCGGAAUCUGCGAAACAAAGGAGAAUUUAAGAAAGCCAACUUGAUGAUCGUUUUUGCCAGUCAGGAGGGGGGCUCCUCUGUGGGAUUCUUAGCAAACAUGUCCUUUGGAAUGGCGCAAAGUGUAGACAACGGAGUGAGUCCCUCUUUCUUCAAGGAAUUUCUAACAAAGUAUGCGCGCUAUCGAGAUAUCGGAAAGCAGAAGUCUGACCUUAUAAGGGAUGCUUUGCAGUUUAUGUAUACUCCAUGGCCCGACAGCAGCGAUAAAUAUGCGCUGAGAACCCAGCUCGCUGAUCUCAUCGGUGAUUACUAUUUCGUCGCCCCAAGUCACGCAGUCGCCGAUAUUCACAGUAUGUAUGCCGAUGUUUACAUGUGCAUGUUCGAUUAUCAGCAAAAGGUACGCCCCCUUCACAAGGCGUGGUACGGGGUACAACAUGGCGACAAUACCCUCUUUGAUUUUGGAGUCCCGUUUAUGCCUCGUUUUGCGUAUUUGUUUCCGGACCAGUCGGACAAAGACGUCAGUUUGUUCAUCAUGGAAAUGUACACAAACUUUGCCAAGCUCGGCAAUCCAACGCCUCAGCCAGUCAGCGGUGUUACGUUCGAGAAAUACAACUCCAGUCAGAGUCCUUAUCUCCGGGUAAAAAAAAAAUCCGAGAUGACGGCCUCGUUUGCUCCUCGCCGAAUGUCGUUUUGGAAUGAUAAAAAAACCAAGUUGAUGGAAGUCAAGUUUGAAAAAAAGACAGUGGUGGAUAGCAAUGCUGGCUGUGCCACUUCCAUGGCAAAGUUUGUUCUCAUUGCGUUUCCUGUCUUUUCCAUGGCGUUCUCUUGGGGGAGACUUUAUUUGUAAGGCCAUUGAGAUCCAAUCUUUACAAAAGUUUCUUUUCUUAAGAUAGCGAGCUAAAUGUAAAAUUAAUCAGAUGAGAGGAUAAUCUUCAGUUCAAAGUAAAAAAAAGAAAAUUUGAUGAAGGGAGUAUCGAAAUUUCAGUUCCUUUCUUAAGAUGGCAAAAAAAAAGUAAAAUUAAUCAGAUGAGAGGAUAAUCUUUAGUUCCAAGUAUGCAAAAUAAAAUUUGAUGAAAGUAGUAUCGAAAAUUUCAAAUAGAUUUAAUCCUAACUGAUGCUAUAAAUUGUUCAUAUUUCGAGCCGCAACCAUGAAUAUUUUUGUUAUUUCGUCUAGAAUAAAACAGCCCUUUGUUGGCUGAUAAAAAAUAA